UGUUAACUUCUUAUCUUUGUCCUUGUUUAAAUUGUGGACUUGUGGCGGCUGUAGGCUUAUUGUUGACUCUCAGCGAGAAAUGUGAAAUUUCCUUGAAGAGCAUUUCCCAAUUCAAAAUAGAACUAACAACCUAUAGUACAUGAUGGAGACUAGCACCAAAGAUUUCGUGAUUGGCUUAAGUUUAGCGAUCGCAUCUUGUUUUUUUAUUGGCUCUAGUUUCAUUAUAAAAAAACUUGGAUUACUCAGACUUCGUGGUUCAUCUUCAAUAUCCGCUGCUGAUGGAGGCUUUGGGUAUCUACGUGAUUGGGUUUGGUGGACAGGACUUAUUACAAUGGGACUUGGAGAAGCUAGUAACUUUGCAGCUUAUGCUUUUGCCCCUGCUGCGCUUGUUACCCCUCUUGGAGCCCUUUCCAUUCUCGUCUCUGCCGUAUUAGCUCCAAAAUUUCUCAAUGAGAAGUUAAACCUUCUAGGCAAAAUAGGAUGUAUGCUUUGCAUGUUGGGUGCUUGUAUAAUUGUAAUUCAUGCUCCCAAAGAAGGUGAUGUAAAAUCAUUACAAGACCUGAACAAAAAAAUCUUUGAAUCAGGUUUCGUAUAUUACAUAAUAGUCGUGGGGGCCCUUACAGUGUUUUCUAUCAAAUGUAUCGUGCCACGCUACGGGACAAAUGUUGCUGUAUACAUAUUCAUUUGCUCCAGCAUAGGAUCGUUGUCAGUAAUGUGCUGCAAGGGUCUAGGCCUGAGCAUCCGCGAAAGUAUAUCAGACAGCGAGAAAUCAUUUUUUAACAAAUCGUUUUUGAUGUUCACGUUGGCACUCCUAAUUUGUAUCACAGUUCAGAUGAAUUACCUAAAUAAGGCGUUGGAUUCCUUCAGCUCGAAUUUAGUCAAUCCCGUUCACUACAUAUUCUUUACCAGUUUUGUCAUCUUAGCGUCUUCAAUCUUGUUUGAAGAGUGGCGUUCUAUUGCUUCGCUAGAUGUGUUCGCUACGUUAGUUGGCCUCAGCGUAGUCGUCAUCGCCUUGUUCCUCAUUAGCGCUUUCAAUGAUUUACAAAUAACCCUAAAUGAAUUAUGGCCCUCGCCCACGAAAAAAUACUUGAAUAAGCCAAUGACUUUUGUACAACGCAAAGAUCUACCUUGAAACAUAGCCACUCCCGAAUCAAAAUUGUUGCCUCGUAUUUUGUUCUUUAUUUAGCGUUCUAACAAACGUGCGCAAUUUGAAUGACAGACAGACGCCGACAAUUAUAACUCUUUUGAAAAGUGUAUUUUAUUUUGAUUCUCGUUCCAAAAACGUAAACAUAUUCUUAUUAUCCACUGGUUUGACAAUAAAAUUAUGAAGGACUGCAUUUGGGAAAGUAAUGCGGGCUUAGUUCUA